AAGAGUCGACGAGGGCGAGCGAAUUCAUUCCAUCAUCCGCACCAACACCAUUAGUUAUAUUACCCACACAUCGCCACGCAUUGCCGGCCAUGUCUGCCGCCGCCUGCAUCUCCUCCUUCCCUCCACCGCCAAUGGCCGCCGCGGCGGCGCCGGCGCCGGAGACCACCAUCGACGUCUUCGUCGUCGCCAACCACACGCCGGUGACCGCCGCCGCCGACAAAAGCUGCGAGGGGGACGUCGUCGCCGGCGGCGGGAGGACGGUGAGGAGGCCGCGGGCGGUGGCGCGGACGCUGGAGUGCGAGCGGCGGGUGGUCGGCGAGGGGUUCGCGGUGAGGAGGGGCAUCGGGAGGAAGGAGCUCGACAGCCUCGAUCCUUUCAUCUCCCUCGACGAGUUCGAGUUUUCUCCACCAGCCGGCUUCCAUGAUCAUCCCCACAGAGGAUUCGAGAAUGUUACCUACAUGCUCGAGGGAGGCUUCAGUUACCAUGACUUUUCAGGCCACAAGGGCACCAUCAACACAGGAGAUGUUCAGUGGAUGACGGCGGGGCGCGGCGUGGUGCACGCGGAGAUGCCCGGCGGCCAUGGCGUCCAGAGGGGCAUCAACCUCUGGAUCAACCUCUCCUCCAAGGACAAAAUGGUGGAGCCGAGGUACCAGGAGCUGGCGAGCCACGACAUCCCCGCCGCGGAGCGCGACGGCGUGUCCGUCAAGGUGAUCGCCGGCGAGGCCCUGGGCGCGCGCUCGCCGCUCCAGACGCGCACCCCGGCGCUCUGCCUCGACGUCGCCAUGCGGCCCGGCGCGCGCCUGCGAGCGCCCGUCCCGCCCGGGUGGAGCGCGUGCUCGUACGUCAUCGACGGCGAGGCCGUCUUCGGGGACGAGGCCGCGGCGGCGGGCGCGCACACCUGCGUCGUGUUCGGCGGCGGCGGCGACGGCGUGGCCGCGCGGGCGACGGAGCGCUCCGCGGCGAGGUUCCUGCUGGUGGCGGCGCGGCCGCACGGCGAGGCCGUGGUGAAGGACGGGCCGUUCGUGAUGAACACCCGGGAGGAGGUGGAGCAGGCCAGGGAAGACUACCGGAACCGCCGCAACGGCUUCGAGAUGGCCGCCGGCUGGAGCUCCGACCACGUUGCCACCGCCGCCGCGGCGCACUGAUGGUCACCGGCGACGGCGAGGCCGGUGACCAUGGUGUCAUCAGCUCAUCCAGGUCGCAGGUGAACGCUGCGUUUGCGCGGGAGGAUAGGAAUUUUAGGGAAUUUCGUUGCAAAGUUGAUGUAAGAUAAAAUGGAGGAUUAGGUGUGCCGUGUGAAACUCCUGUAAAAUAACCUUAUGCGAAUAUUGAAUUUCGUUCAAUUUUUGUGUUUGAAACGAUGUUAAAACUUACUGAUCAAAUUUAUGGGUGGUCAUCUUGUGUGAGAAUCAAAUUUAUGCCAUUGAA